AUGAAGGCUGCCUACACCGCCUAUCGAUGCCUCACCAAAGACCUAGAAGGCUGCGCCAUGAACCCGGAGCUGACAAUGGAAAGUCUGGGCACUUUACACGGGCCGGCCGGCGGCGGCAGCGGCGGGGGCGGCGGCGGGGGCGGCGGGGGCGGCGGCGGGGGCCCGGGCCAUGAGCAGGAGCUGCUGGCCAGCACCAGCCCUCACCACGCGGGCCGCGGCGCCGCUGGCUCGCUGCGGGGCCCGCCGCCGCCAACGGCGCACCAGGAGCUGGGCACGGCGGCAGCGGCGGCGGCGGCGGCGUCGCGCUCGGCCAUGGUCACUAGCAUGGCCUCGAUCCUGGACGGCGGCGACUACCGGCCCGAGCUCUCCAUCCCGCUCCAUCAUGCCAUGAGCAUGUCCUGCGACUCGUCCCCGCCCGGCAUGGGCAUGAGCAACACCUACACCACGCUGACGCCGCUCCAGCCGCUGCCGCCCAUCUCCACCGUGUCGGACAAGUUCCACCACCCGCACCCGCACCCCCACCACCACCACCACCACCACCACCACCACCAGCGCCUGUCGGGCAACGUCAGCGGCAGCUUCACCCUCAUGCGCGACGAGCGAGGGCUCCCGACCAUGAACAACCUCUACAGUCCCUACAAAGAGAUGCCCGGCAUGAGCCAGAGCCUGUCCCCGCUGGCCGCCACACCGCUGGGCAACGGGCUGGGCGGCCUCCACAACGCGCAGCAGAGCCUGCCCAGCUACGGGCCCCCGGGCCACGACAAAAUGCUCAGCCCCAACUUCGACGCGCACCACACUGCCAUGCUGACCCGCGGUGAGCAACACCUGUCCCGCGGUCUGGGCACCCCGCCCGCGGCCAUGAUGUCGCACCUCAACGGCCUACACCACCCGGGCCACGCUCAGUCCCAUGGGCCGGUGCUGGCGCCUAGCCGUGAGAGGCCACCCUCGUCCUCUUCGGGAUCGCAGGUGGCCACGUCAGGCCAGCUGGAGGAGAUCAACACCAAAGAGGUGGCCCAGCGCAUCACCGCCGAGCUGAAGCGCUACAGCAUCCCACAGGCGAUCUUCGCGCAGAGGGUGUUGUGCCGGUCUCAGGGGACUCUCUCCGACCUGCUCCGGAACCCCAAACCGUGGAGUAAACUCAAAUCUGGCAGGGAGACCUUCCGCAGGAUGUGGAAGUGGCUGCAGGAGCCCGAGUUCCAGCGCAUGUCUGCCUUACGCCUGGCAGCAUGCAAACGCAAAGAGCAAGAACCAAACAAAGACAGGAACAAUUCCCAGAAGAAAUCCCGCCUGGUGUUCACCGACCUCCAACGCCGAACACUCUUCGCCAUCUUCAAGGAGAACAAACGCCCAUCCAAGGAGAUGCAGAUCACCAUUUCCCAGCAGCUGGGCCUGGAGCUUACGACCGUCAGCAACUUCUUCAUGAAUGCCCGGCGCCGCAGCCUGGAGAAGUGGCAGGACGAUCUGAGCACAGGGGGCUCCUCGUCCACCUCCGGCACCUGUACCAAAGCGUGAUGGAAGGACUCUCAGUUGGGCACAAGUCACCUCCAGAUGAGGACAACAGAUACCAAAAGAAAAUGCAAAGGAAAAAGACGCUGGAUUCUUAGCUGGGGCCCUUCACUGGUGAUUUGAAAGCACAAUUCUCUUGAAAAGAAAAUUCUAUUCUAGCUGUAAUCAUAGGCCAGGUGUUCUUUUUGUUCGUUGGUUUUUAGUGGCUAUGGAGUCCAAGUGCAAGCUGAAAACUAAUCUCUUUGAACCGGACAUUGUCUUCUGAGCGAGUGUGCUAAGCACCUCAGAAACCCAAAUGGGGCCUUUCUGCAGCAAGUCAGUUUCAGUGUGGUGUCAAUCAAGCUCAGGAUUGCUUAGAAUGUCAACGGUCCCACUCUGAGUCCUGCCAACCUCUUGCGGUCAAAGUUCCCAUGAGUAAUAGUGGGACUUUGGCCUGUGUAAGGACUCUGAGUUUGGGUUCCCAAGAUGCUACAAUACGAGAAGAAUCUAGCAACAAGAAUGACCUCAUUUGCUUUCCAAGUGCUUAGCCUCAUCAUACCAUAGUUCACCAACGUUCACAGCCAUAACAUAAAAAAACAUCAGAAUGACAAUUACUGAGCACAAGUUUUAAAUACGGAAGUUAAAAAAGAAUCCGAGGACCUGUUUUUCCAACUCAGGCAUCUUUUUCAUGGAAUGGUUUAGAAAGCUUUAAGUUGAUCCAGUUUACAGUUUUCUUUUCCUUACCUCCUGGAAAUCUCACGUGGUCUUGGAUCCAUCAAAAAAAAAAAAAAAAAAGCCAGAUCAGUUCACUUGAGCUCAAAGUAUCAAGCACAACGAAGAUAAACAGAGAAGUAAGGAAGGUUCUGGAUUCACCGCAUCUCGAUUUUCAAGACACCAGUUAGGAAGUCAUGAGGGAAUCAUUGGGAAUAUGGCUUCAAGCACAUUUUGCAGUUUGCUACAAAUUCUGUUUGUACAUAAUGCAGACGCACACUCAGGAGGCCAAUUUAACUGUUACAGUACACGGAGCAAAUGCAGCAUUUUUAAAGAUCUAGAUUUUUUUUAGAUCAUAAAUGUAUCCUUCUUGGUUAUCUGUCACCUGGUUCCUCCUAUUGUGCAUUAUGACCACCACAUAAUACAUUCUCACUCUUGCAGAUUUGGGUUGUUCCCUUGUCCAUCCCAUCGGUAGGGACGUUUUCAGUGUUUCAUAGCAAGGGAAAAAUAAAUAAUUCAAACCACCAUACGUGUUACUCAUAACCGUCAUCUAGUCCUGAAUCUCUUCCAUUGUUGAAUCAUCUAGCAAAACAGCUGAAUAAAUCUGGAGAAAACACAGCACACCAAAGAAGCAGAAUACUGCAAACCAAAGACAUUUAUUACUUGCCAUUUUCUAGCCUGAAAAAUACUGUGAUUACUUCUUAGAAGUCAGAAAACCUCUGCAACUCCGAAUGGCAUUCAGCUCUUGCAUUUGGUUCAUCAUUGGGCUGAGUGGACCGGCUACGCCAAGGAUGUUAGCCAAGCCACCCAACUAGUGGCUUUCUGGUUCCUGGCUGUCACCUUCCCACGGCAAAUGGAAGAGCACCCACAGAACCCUGGGAGAUUGCAACAGUCACCAUGUGCAUAUUUACCAGUGAAUGGCCCCAGGUGGGCACCACGGGGGUGUUCAAAGCAAGCCAAACACUGCAAUGAUUCUUUACAGACACUUGAGACUGACUUUUUUAUGAAUUACUUAAUCGAAACCAAAGAAACUUUUUCUGCACCUACUUCUGCAACAAACAAAACUGUCCCAUUAAAAUGAAUAAAUAAAUAAAAACGUAAAUCACCGAAAAUCACCACCAACGAGAAGGAAGCUCGCCAGAAAAGAAAAGAAAAAAAAAUAACAAACAGAAACAGAAAAACAGCGAGACACACUGUGUUCAAACAGACCUCUUGGGACAUUUUUUGGAAGCAGAUUUUAAAGAAAGGGUUGAGACAGGAAGAGAAAUAAGGAAAAGCCUCCGUGGCUGCUGCUUCAUUUGACAACUCAUGUGGUAAUCUUAAAGUUGAAGAUUGUCUUUAAUUUGUGCCUAUGCAGUUUUUCAAAAGAACACGGAACAGAGCAACAGAAACCUCAACAGCUACAAUACCAAAGAUGAGGAUUUCUCACACCUUUGUUUCAGUUCAUUAUCUCCUCUUGCCUGGCUUAAAUACUAAUAGCGCCAUUGAUCUGUGUAAAGGUAAUCAAUUUUGUUUCUGAGCAACGAAAGGAAAGGGUCGUUUGUUUGAUUUUAUUGUUUCCCUAUCAUUUUGUUUUAUGGCUUUCUACCCAACAUGGAAUCUCUCAAAAGGUUCCAUGGAAUCCAAGUUUAAGAUGUUGGGAUACUGAACAGUUCUCCUCUCUGCUCGGCAGAGUGUGGGGAAUAAUAUUGUCACUUGAAUGUUAUGCUUAAUCCUUAGUCUUGGUUCCUU